AUGACCAACCUCUUGAGAAGUGUUGUCACUGUCAUAGAUGUCUUCUACUCAUAUACCAACCAAGAUGGAGAAUGUGGCACACUGAGCAAGGAUGAGCUAAAGGAACUUCUGGAAAAAGAGUUUCGUCCAAUUCUGAAGAACCCAGAUGAUCCCGAUACAGUGGAUGUCAUUAUGCAUAUGUUGGAUCGAGAUCAUGACCGAAGACUGGACUUUACUGAGUUUCUUCUGAUGGUAUUCAAGCUGGCUAUGGCUUGCAACAAGGUUCUCAGCAAAGAGUACUGCAAAGCUUCAGGGUCAAAGAGGCGUAGUCGUGGUCACCGACACCGAGAAGAAGAAAGUGAAACAGAAGAGGAAGAAGAGGAUACAUCAGGACAACAAUCAGGUUACAGAUACUCAAGUUGGAGUGAAGGAGAGGAGCAUGGUUAUGGUUCUGAGGGCUCAAGGGGGGCUGUGAAACAUAGGCGCGGUUCUGUCUCCAGGAGGCUGGGCAGACAAGGUGGUUUAUCAAGCUCGGGUAACCGAGAGGGUGCUGAGAAAAGGCGCCGUGGGUCUAGCUCUGGUCGCUCGUGGAGCAGUAGCAAAGACAGAAAUGAUUACACCUAUGGAGAACUGGAGGGGAAAAAAAACAAGUCCCAUAGCCUUUUAAGGGGUUCUGAGGAGGAAUGUGAAUCUGAACCUGGAACUAAGAGUGGAGGAAAGAAAGGUAAUGAUGAUGGAGGUUUGGAGGUUAGCAGGCAUGAAUCAAACACUACUCAGUCAAGAAAGAGUGGAGGAAAAAGGUCUGAAACAAGCUCUAGCAUUUCAAGAGACAGUGAAAGACAAAGUCAUUCAUGUGGCUCCAGGAAUUCAGGCGGGUGUGGAAGUACACAAAAUGUUUCUAGUUCUUGUCAGGCAGGUAGAUUUGGAGGACAAGGAAAUCAAUCUAACUGUACCAACUCAGGCUCACAAUCAGUAAAUAAUGGAGGACAAGGUCAUGGUUGUAUCUCAGGAAGUCAGUCCUGUGGAUAUGGUCAACAUAAGCCUAGCUCAUGUAGUCAGUCUUCUAGUCAGAGAGAAUGUGGAUCUAGAGCAUGUAGUCAACCUCAAAACUGUGGAGGACAACAAGGAACAGGUUCUUGCUGUGGACAAUAUGGGUCUGGAACAAGUCAGACUUCUAGUUCUGGUCAACAUGGGUCUGGUUCCUGUGGACACUCUUUGAAUUCUAAUCAAAAAAGGUCUGGUUCUAAAUGUUGCCAACAUGGGUCUGGAUCAGUUCAGCCCUCUUGCUGUGGCCAACAUGGGUCUGGAUCAGGUCAGUCCUCUUCCAGUGGCCAACAUGGGUCUGGAUCAGGUCUAGAUCAGGUCAACAAGAAUCUGGAUCAGGUCAGUCCUCUGCCUCUAGACAACAUGGGUCUGGAUCAGGUCGCUGCUCUGGUUCCAGAGAAGGCUCCAGCUCAGGUCAGUCCUCUGGUGCUGGCCAACAUGAAUCUGGAUCAGGUAAACAUGAAUCUGGCUCAGGUCAGUCCUCUGGCUCUAGACAACAUAGGUCUGGCUCAAGUCAAUCCUCUGGAUCUAGAAAAAAAGGGUCUGGCUCAGGUCAUUCCUCUGGUUCUGGAGAAAGGCCCAGCUCAGGUCAUUCCUCUGGUGCUGGCCAACAUGAGUCUGGAUCUAGUAAACAUGAAUCUGGCUCAGGACAAUCCUCUGGCUCUAGAAAACACAGGUCUGGCUCAAGUCAUUCCUCCAGUUCUAGAGAAGGAUCUAGUCCAGGUCAAUCCUCUGGCUCUAGACAACAUGGGUCUGGCUCAGGUCAUUCCUCUGGCUCUAGAGAAGGGUCCAGCUCAGGUCAUUCCUCUGGUUCUAGAGAAGGGUCCAGCUCAGGUCAUUCAGCUGGUGCUGGCCAACAUGAGUCUGGAUCAGGAAAACAUGAAUCUGGCUCAGGACAAUCCUCUGGCUCUAGAAAACAUAGGUCUGGCUCAGGUCAUUCCUCUAGUUCUAGAGAAGGUUCUAGCCCAGGUCAGUCCUCUGGAUCUAGACAACACAGAUCUGGCUCAGGUCACUGCUCUGGUUCUAGAGAAGGUUCUAGCUCAGGUCAGUCCUCUGGUGCUGGCCAACGUGAGUCUGGAUCAGGUAAACAUAAAUCUGGCUCAGAAAAAUCCUCUGGCUCUACUAGCUCUAAACAACACGUAUCUGGCUCAGGUCAAUUCUCUGGCCAUAGCCAGUCUGGCUCAGGUCAGCCUUUUGGCUCUGAAAAACAUAGGUUUGGUCAAGGUCAGAACUCUGGUGCCAGCCAACAUGGAUCUGAGUUAG